UAUUGCUGCAGUUCUCGCUGGAGGGGUGGAUCUAAUGGUUAUACGAGGAUGAUUUUUUUGGCCAUUGGUGGUUUAUAAUUCCACCAUAGAUCACUUGCCUUUAAAACCAGGUUCGAGCAAGUGUCUGCCAUCAUUUCUUACUUGGGGCGGGUUUUCUUUUCUCCUUUUGUAAAAAUACAGAAGGUCAGCGAUUGCCCCAGAAUAGUUAGAGGAACUUUUAGCCCCUUUAGCCCUUUUGUAACCUUGCUCCUCGUAAGGUCAUCUUGAUUGAAUGCCAUCGUCUCUCUGUCUCCGACCCAAAAUCUCUGGAUCUCGAUCCUUGCUAGUUGCUUAAACCCUUUCUCUCCCAAAAGCUCACAAAAAGAAAGCAUAUGGCGAUGAUAUCUGUUCAAAAUCUGGUUAAAGAAAGAAAAUACCCUUUCAUCUUCGCUCUUGCUAUCUUACUCGUUUCCGCCACUAUCUUCUUCUUAUACUCAAACAAUCUUCAAUCUCUCACAUUCUCUCUCGGAGAUCUCCAAAAAUCUAACCCCACUGCCUCAAAACCUUCUCAAAACGCCACCAUCUCACCUGACACCACCCAAAAAGUCGAUGAUGCCAACGAUGAUACCAAGAGCGAUGAUAGUAAUGAUUCCAAUUCAUCAAAUGAUUAUGAAAAUAAUAAUACUACUAUUACUAAUAUUGAUAAUAAUGAUCAUAAUAAUUUACUAAUAGUUGAUUUGAAGAUAAAAUGGGUGGCGUGUAAAGGACCGGUGGCAGUGGAUUAUAUACCGUGUUUGGAUAAUUCCCAGGCUAUAAAAGAGCUGAAAUCAAGAAGGCAUAUGGAGCAUAGAGAGAGGCAUUGCCCGCAACCAAGUCCAAGGUGUUUGGUGCCUCUUCCUAAUGGUUAUAAAGUGCCAGUUCCGUGGCCGAAAAGCAGGGACAUGAUUUGGUAUGAUAACGUUCCACACCCUAAGCUUGUCGAAUACAAGAAGGAUCAACAUUGGGUGAUUAAGAAGGGGGAUUUUCUUGUUUUCCCUGGUGGUGGUACCCAAUUCAAGGAUGGGGUUACUAACUACAUCAAUUUCAUUGAAAAGACUUUGCCAAGUAUUGAGUGGGGGAGGCACACUAGGGUAAUUUUAGAUGUUGGUUGUGGCGUUGCCAGCUUUGGUGGCUAUUUGCUGGACAGAGAUGUUAUUACCAUGUCAUUUGCCCCAAAGGAUGAACAUGAAGCUCAGAUUCAGUUUGCUCUGGAGCGGGGAAUUCCUGCUACGCUUUCUGUCAUUGGCACACAAAAGUUGACAUUUCCAGAUAAUGCUUUUGAUCUGAUUCAUUGUGCUCGAUGCAGGGUUCAUUGGGAUGCAGAUGGAGGGAAACCACUAAUGGAACUCAACAGAAUUCUCAGACCUGGGGGUUUCUUUGUGUGGUCUGCUACUCCAGUAUAUCGUGAUGAUGACAGAGAUCGCAAUGUUUGGAAUUCUAUGGUAGCUUUGACAAAAUCUAUAUGCUGGAAGGUUGUGGCCAAGACUGUUGAUUCAUCAGGAAUCGGACUUGUAAUAUAUCAGAAGCCUGUCUCAUCUUCCUGCUAUGAAAAACGCCAAGAAAGCAAUCCUCCUCUUUGUGAGCAGCAGGAUGAGAAGAAUGCUCCAUGGUAUGUACCUCUCAGUGGAUGUCUUCCUAGACUUCCAGUUGAUAGCAUGGGUAACCUGGUUGGCUGGCCAACACAAUGGCCUGAUAGAAUUAGCAGUAAGCCACCAAGCCUGACAACCCUGUCAGAUGCUGAAGAGAUGUUCAUCGAGGACACCAAACAUUGGGCAUCUCUUGUAUCUGAUGUUUAUCUGGAUGGCCCUGCUAUAAACUGGUCGAGUGUGCGGAAUAUAAUGGAUAUGAAUGCUGGCUAUGGAGGAUUUGCAGCAGCCCUCAUUGACCUUCCUUACUGGGUGAUGAAUGUUGUCCCCACACACACGGAAGAUACUCUGCCCAUUAUUUUUGACAGAGGGCUGAUUGGAAUCUAUCAUGACUGGUGUGAGUCUUUGAAUACCUAUCCGAGAACAUAUGAUCUAUUGCACGCCAGCUUUCUCUUCAGAAAUCUAACUCAAAGAUGUGAUAUUAUAGAUGUAGCUGUGGAGAUGGAUCGCAUCCUGCGACCUGGUGGAUAUAUUUUGGUUCAAGACACUAUGGAGAUGGUUAACAAGCUAAAUUCAGUAUUGCGUUCGAUGCAGUGGUCAACGAGCCUCUAUCAAGGACAGUUUCUCGUUGGUAACAAAGGGUUUUGGCGUCCCAAAUAAUGGUGAAAUAGUGGGCAGAGGUCGUGAUUCAACAUGUGAUAUCAAUUGGGAUUAAAAAAAUACAUGGUCUUAUUAUCAAGCUAUUAAAGAAUUUUGAUGAAAAUAUUAUUGAGAGCUGUUUGAUUACUGCAACUAGAAGAUCGCCCCUCUUUUGGUGGUGUAAAUCUUUAUAGCGCAUCUUAUAUGAACAAAAAGAGAUCAGAGCGGUUGAUUCAAUUACUGAAAAUUGUGUGGUUAUCCUGCCAAUGUAUAAAAGUUUAAUUGUAUAAAAACAUACACGAUCUCUUAGUCGUUUGAAGUUUGCUACAAUGCUGAUAUCAACAGACAGACGCCUGUAUCCAGUUUGUUUGAAUAUAGCAGCUGCUUUUUAUUAUUUUCUUCAAA